AUGGACGCCUCCCCGACGGCCGCGCUGCUGCUGCUGCUCCUCCUGCGCCCGGCGCUGCUGCUGCAGGGGGGCCGGCCGCGGGGCUGCCCUCCGCACUGCCGCUGCGAGCGGGACGGCCGCCUGCGCCUGCGGAUCGACUGCUCCGACCGGGGGCUCGGCGGGCUGCCCGCCGCCCUCAGCCCUCACACCUCCUACCUCGAUCUCAGUAUGAACAACAUUACUAAGCUGCCCCCGAACCCAUUGUAUAAUCUGCACUUCCUGGAAGAGCUACGUCUUGCUGGAAAUGGCUUAACAUCUAUUCCCAAAGGAGCAUUUGCUGGCCUUUCCAGUCUGAAAGUGCUCAUGCUGCAGAACAAUCGGCUCAGGCAGGUUCCCUCCGAAGCACUGCAGAAUCUGCGAAGUCUUCAGUCCCUGCGUUUGGAUGCCAACCACAUCAACUCCGUUCCACCCAACUGCUUCAGCGGCCUGCAUUCUCUCAGACACCUCUGGCUCGAUGACAACUCUCUGACGGAAAUUCCAAUCCGGGCGUUUAGGAGUCUACCGGCCCUGCAGGCCAUGACACUGGCCCUGAACAAAAUUCACCACAUACCAGAUCACGCCUUUGGAAACCUCUCCAGUUUGGUCGUUCUACAUCUUCAUAACAAUAGGAUCAACUCCCUGGGAAAGAAGUGCUUUGAUGGGCUCCACAACCUAGAAACUUUAGACCUGAAUUACAACCAUCUAAAUGAAUUCCCCACUGCUAUCAGGACGCUCUCAAACCUCAAAGAACUGGGAUUUCACAGCAAUAAUAUUAAAGCAAUACCUGAACAAGCCUUUGUAGGCAACCCCUCGCUCAUAACAAUACAUUUCUAUGACAAUCCUAUCCAGCUCGUUGGGAAAUCUGCUUUUCAGCAUUUACCUGACCUCAAAACACUGACUCUGAAUGGGGCUUCACAGAUAACCGAGUUUCCCGAUCUGACUGGGACGACAAGUCUGGAAAGCCUGACCCUGACGGGCGCAAAGAUCACCUCUCUUCCCAAAGCCGUCUGCGAUCAGCUACCGAAUCUCCAAAUGCUCGAUCUGUCUUAUAACCUGCUUGAAGAUUUACCCCAUUUCUCGGCUUGCCGGAGACUUCAGAAAAUAGACUUACGUCACAACGAAAUCGGUGAAAUCCAGGCGGACACGUUUCGGGAGCUGAGGACCCUGCGUUCACUGGAUUUAGCUUGGAACAAAAUUGUACAUAUUCAUCCUGAUGCUUUCUCUUCUGUACCUUCUCUGAUCAAACUGGAUCUAUCUUCCAAUCAUCUAUCAUCUUUUCCUGUCACCGGGCUACAUGGUUUAACCCAUUUAAAAUUAACGGGAAAUCCAGCCUUGCAGAGCUUGAUAGCGUUUGAGAACUUUCCAGAACUGAAGGUCAUGGAAAUGCCUUACGCUUACCAGUGCUGUGCAUUCGGAGUCUGUGAAAGUCUCUACCGACCGGCCGGUCAGGGGAACCGAGCUGACAACAGUAGUCCGGAUGAGUUCCCCAGGAAAGACUCUGGGAUGCUGCAUCUUCAAGAUGAACGCGACUUUGAGGAUUUUCUGCUUGAUUUCGAGGAAGAUCUGAAGGUUGAUCAUUCUGUGCAGUGCUCACCACGUCCAGGGCCCUUCAAACCAUGUGACCAUCUGUUCGGUAGUUGGCUUAUCCGGAUUGGAGUAUGGACCAUAGUCUGGUUGGCUUUCAUCUGCAAUACCCUGGUGAUCUCCACCGUCUUUAGCUCUCCCCUGUGUAUUUCUUCGAUCAAACUUUUGAUUGGACUGAUGGCGGCGGUAAACAUUUUAUCGGGGGCCUCCAGCGGCGUUUUGGCUGUUGUGGACGCGUUCACUUUUGGCAGCUUCGCGCAGUAUGGUGCGUGGUGGGAAAGCGGGGUAGGCUGUCAAAUCACAGCUUUUCUGUCCAUCUUUGCCUCGGAGACAUCUAUUUUCCUACUUACCCUGGCAACCCUCGAGCGAAGUUUCUCCGUCAGACGUUCGGCCAAACUGGGGACGAAGGCCUCUCCCUCCGGUCUGAAAAUAAUCACCCUCCUCUGCUUUCUGUUGGCCCUGUGUAUCGCGACGGUUCCACUGUUUGGGGGCCGUGACUACGGCGGCACGUCCCCGCUCUGUCUACCCUGGCCUUUCGGAGAGCCCAGCCCCACAGGUUAUAUGGUGGCCCUAGUCUUGCUGAACUCCCUUUGCUUCCUCGUGAUGACCGUCGCCUACACCAAACUCUACUGCAGCGUGGAGAAGCGGGAACUGGCGACGGUUCUGGACUGCUCUAUGGUGAAACACGUAGCCCUGUUACUCUUCACUAACUGUAUCCUCUACUCUCCUGUGGCCUUCUUGUCCUUUUCCACCUUAUUAAACCUCACCUUUAUCAGCCCCGAAGUGAUGAAAUCUAUUCUUCUGGUCAUCGUCCCGUUACCCGCCUGUCUGAACCCCCUCCUCUACAUCCUCUUCAAUCCACAUUUUAAAGAGGACAUAGGCAGCCUCCGAAAACAGACUCUCUUCUGGAGAAGAGCGAAUCACACCAGCCUGAUCUCGGUGAACUCGGAUGACGCGGAGAAGCAGUCCUGUGAUUCCACUCAAGCCCUGGUCACCUUUCCGGGCGUCUCCCACCACAGAACCUCCCCUUCCCGAAUGCCACCAUCUUGUCCGAUGACUGAAAGCCGUACUCUUUCGUCCGUGGCAUUCGUGCCCUGUCUCUGAGUCGAGCGGACGCAAGGGAGUUAGCACUUCUAGAGUCGGCGAAGCGGGUGACGGGGAUGGAGGAUAUUAUUCUCUCGGCCCACCUCCAGAAACGCUAUCCGAGAACAGAGACCCAGGUGAGCAACCGACGGGGAAAGACUCCGAAACUCCCCAACUCUGGGGACGAAGGGCGAGUGAGCAAGAGGCCCGUGGAGAGCUCCACCCAUUAAUGACUUCUGGAGUUCUCUUCACCGCCGCGUCGAUCACAGGCGGUAGGUGCAAGUGUCAUCCGAGGAGAAUUCCUGGUAGGUUUUUGUGGCGAUCAUUCCAGGCCUGUCAACUUCAGAGAAUAUUCCUCAAGAAAAUGAGUUCCUGAAACUCUUCUAAAACCUCUCAAACUAACUGGAAGGAGCAGGGCUGCCUAAAAUAGACCUCGUUAUUAAGAGAGUGAAGGAACCAGGGAAACACACUGGCCUUCGUUGAAAUAUCCGUGGAGGUACUCGGCCUCGACUCGGCUCAUCGUAGGCUCCCGUCCCCUGACGGUAUAGGAAUAACGACGGGAUCCAAAAUUGGUUAUUUCAGAGCAACCGCUUUUUGUUUCGAGACUGAUUUAAAGGACGGUUGGACACUUCCAAGGCUAAAUGAAUUCAGAUUUCCAUUAAGUCAAUCAAGUAAAGAUGGAAACUCCCUUUUUCACUCCUUAGUGACUAAAACUGGAUGUGCAGGCUUCAGAGGCCGUUACUGGCAAGGGACACACCUAGAAAAAACGAUUUUCUCUCUCUCUGGACUUUUUUUUCUCUCCCUAAGGGCUUAAUGAAUCGAUCUGGAUGGAUGGACGCCUUUGGAAGACGACUGAAUGCAGAAGUGGUGAAUGUUCAGUGAGUCUUGGUUGUUUUCUCAAUCUCUGUAAAACUUCCAGGAGGGCAACGUGUAGCUAGAAAAUGAAGCUUGAUAUUCCAGAUUAAACAGCCACCACAUUAUCUUGUCCUUUAGCUUGGCUUAACUGUUUUCCAUCUGUUCUGAUGGGCACGACGUCAGCGGCGUUCCUUCUCGGCUUGGCCAUAUUGAGUACAUAUGUAAGAUGUUUGCGAGGCGAAAUAAAGUCUUACUUAGAAGAUGGAUUGACGCUUCUUUUAUCAGGACGCUCUAAGUCCGUAAAUCAUCCAGACCAAAUGGUGGGUUUAUUUUUAUAAGCGUGUUUGAGAUAUUUCCAUCAGAUGUUUUAACUUAGAAUUGGAAAAGUACAUUAAUGAGAUUUUUUUAUAAGAUGUGUAAAUAUAGAACUGUAUUUAUUACUCCACUAAAGCCACGGUAACUCUUAAGGAACAUGACAAUAAGCCAUGUACAGUUGCAUCCUAUUACUUAAGUAUUGCAUUUUUGGUCUAAUUUUACUACAUUUGUUCUCUGUAUAUAUGUAAAUGUAAAGCGUCUGUAAAUAGAUUACAUUCCUGCUUUUCUAUUGAUGUACCAAAUAAAACUAAUUUGUAAUAAAAUGUAACUGUAAAAUGGAAAA